AUGGCCCUCAAUCGCUCCAUCAAGUUGAACUCAGGAUACAGCAUUCCGCUUGUUGGCUUAGGGACCUGGCAGUCAAAACCAAACGAAGUCAAGGAGGCUGUGGCACAUGCGCUGAAAGUGGGAUACCGUCAUAUUGAUGCAGCCGCGGUAUAUGGAAAUGAAACCGAAGUUGGAGAAGGAAUCAAUGCAUCAGGGAUAGACAGGAAGGACAUAUUCAUCACUGGCAAAUUAUGGAAUACAGACCAUAAGCCCGAGGAUGUAGAAGCCGCACUUGAUACAACAUUACGAGAUCUCCAAACUGAUUAUCUUGAUCUUUAUUUGAUCCAUUGGCCUGUUGCCUUCCCACAGUCUAAGGAACCAUUUCCCGUUGAUCCAAAAACCGAGGAGAUCAUAGUCAUCGAUGUCCCAAUCAAAGACACAUGGAUAGCAUUGGAAGGUCUUGUGAAAAAGGGAAAGAUUAGAAGUAUCGGCGUUAGCAAUUUCACCAGACAGAAGAUCGAAACUCUGUUAGAGACUGCAACGAUUCCACCAGCAGUCAAUCAAAUCGAGGCACACCCCUAUCUCCAGCAACCUGAACUUUUGGAAUGGCAUAAAUCUCAGAACAUUGCGGUAGCCGCCUACAGCCCCCUUGGUAACAAUAUAUACAACUUGCCAAGAGGCAUUGAUGACCCUGCUGUGGUUUCCCUGGCAAGAGGUCUGGGAAAGCAGGCGGCUCAACUUCUCAUUAGUUGGGCAGUUCAGCGAGGCACCAUCGUUGUUCCUAAAUCCGUUACACCACAGCGAAUAAGUGAUAAUUUUCAAGGUCGGUCAUACCUAGACGCUCAGUUUACAGGUGCUGGUCAAGCUAAUUGUGGUUUAGACUUUGAAUUGCCAGAUGAUGUUUUCCAGAAGAUAUGCUCUUUGGAUCGGAACCAUCGAUAUAACUUCCCUGCACGGCUUGGAGUGGAUAUCUUUGGUGAGGUCAGCCCAGAGAGUUUGAGGAAGAGUGUCGAGGAUUGGAAAGAAGCUCAGAGAAAGUUGCGCUCUACAUGA